UUUGGCAGCCCAGACAGGAAAGGCAGGGGGAGGAGAGGCGAGGGAAAGUGGGGUGAGCUUUAAAUACCAGCCCGAAAGCCCAGGAGCUGCAGGCUGAACGGGCAGCGCACGCCCAGAGAGCAGCGGCAGAGAGCAAGGUCACGACUGAGUCACUUCUCUCCUUGGGUUAAAAAUGGACACCUCUAAAGUGUGUGGGUUCCUGACGGCCAGCUUCCUCCUUCUGGUUCUGCUGGGGGAUCCAACUGCAGCCUGCUCCUGUGCCCACCGGCACCCCCAAUCCGCAUACUGCUAUGCUGAUGUUGUGAUCCGGGGUAAAUUUGUGGGAGUCAGCAAGCAGCAGGUGAACAUCUCCAUAGGGGAACCAGUGUGGUGGAUGCGACACGAGAUCAAAACCACCAAGGUGUACAAGGGUCCUGAGGAGAUGCAAGAUGUCCGUUUCCUCCACACUCCUGCCAUGGAAAGCCUCUGCGGCUAUGAACACAAGGGUCCUCUCAAAGGAGAAGAAUAUGUCAUUGCAGGCAUGCUGGAAGGGGACCGUGCCAUGAUCACAGCCUGCUCCUUCAUCGAGCCGUGGUCUCAGCUGUCCUUUGCACAGAAGCGAGGCCUGAGUUCAGACUACAGCAAGGGCUGCAACUGCACAGUUGUGCCUUGCAAUUCCAUGCCGUGCUCCAUCACUUCUGACAACCAGUGCCUGUGGACAGAUGGGAUCAUGUCCAGGAUAUGGGAUGGCUUCCAGGCCAAACGCUUGGCUUGCCUGCCCCGGGGCGAAAGCACCGGCCUCUGCACUUGGCAGUCGCUGAGCACUCAAGGGCCGGGCUCCCUUCGCAAAAUUCUCCUGAGGCAGUGA